AUGAGGAUGAUGAUGGUGAGGAGGAGGACACGUGAUAAUAGACAGCGCAAUGGCUCUGUGAGUAAUAAUGACACAGAUUUAUCUGUUGUCCCUUAUAGAGCGGACGACAUCAGGGUGCUUUGUCAUAAAGUUGACGAUGGGGAUGUUGGGGAGGAAAUUGAGUUACAAACUCGAUCAGAAGUGCCAGUGGACGCGGAUGCUGACGCAGUUGGCCCGGCGUUUUACCGGGUUUGUUUGCCGGUUUGCUGUAAGAGAAACGACCUUGACCGCGAUGAGGAUGAUGAUGGUGAGGAGGAGGACACGGGGGCAAACGCAGUUCAAAAAGAAAAGAAACCAGCAUGUCCAGGGCUGGGCCUUCUGUACACCUUGUUAGCAUCCGUCUUCUUCUCUGCUGCCGCUCUUCUUGUGAAGAAAAUUGAGGGGAUGCACGCCAUAGAAAUCAGUGCAAUUCGGUGCUUCUUCCAGAUGCUGUUUGUCAUGCCAGCCAUGAUAUAUUACAAUACUGGUUUUUUGGGACCUAGAGGUAUGCGAAUCUACCUGUUCUUCAGAGGGUUCCUGGGCUCCAACGCCAUGAUAUUGUUGUAUUAUGCAGUUCUGCAGAUGCCCCUAGCGGAUGCCACAGUUAUAAUGUUCAGUAAUCCAGUCUUCACAUCCUUGCUGGCUUGGAUUUUCCUCAAGGAGAGGUUCACCAUAUGGGACGUUGUUUUUACCAUGUUUACGCUCACCGGCGUCAUACUGAUAGCCAGACCUCCCUUCCUCUUUGGUGGAAAGCUGUCUGGGAUCGAAGGAGACUACACCAAUCACAUCAAAGGCACGGUGGCUGCCUUCACAGGGGCGAUCGGAGCGGCUUGCACUAUGGUCAUUCUGAGAAAAAUAGGGAAAAGUGUUCAUUACUACCUCUCUGUGUGGUACUAUGCAGUCCUGGGACUCAUCGAGUGUGUCAUUGUCUUGUUCAUCUUGGACGAAUGGACCAUUCCAUUCUGUGGCUGGGACAGGUGGACGCUCAUGGCCAUCGGGCUGCUCGGUGUUGCCGGCCAAACGUUCCUUACCAAAGCCCUGCAGAUUGAGAAAGCAGGACCUGUUGCACUGAUGAGGACGAUGGAUGUGGUCCUGGCGUUCAUUCUGCAGUUCCUAUUCCUCAACCGCAAACCGACAUGGUGGAGUCUGGGAGGAGCGCUGUGUGUGAUUAGCAGCACUAGUGGGGUGGCAAUAAGGAAGUGGUAUAACAGCACAAAAAAUAAGAGCUGAUUGCAUAUUAUAGUGAGACGGAAAAAAAACAUUUUAUAUGUUUGCUACAAAUAAUUGCUGCAUUAGAUACCAAAGAAGCUGUAUUACUGUAAUAAUAUACAUCGAAAGUCUGAGAUUUUUUCUUUGGUCUUUGAUUUUAGGACCGUACUGUAUGCAGUAUGUACAGUAUAUGACAGUAUUUUUAGCGGUUUUGUAGUUUCUUAAAGUCAAUAUUCUUUAGUGAAGACAACAGAUAUUUUUUAAUCAAGAUACUACUGUUGAGACAGUAGUACUGUUUUAUCAUAUAGAGCAGGGGUGUCCAACCCUGGUCCUGGAGGGCUACCGUCCUGCAGAUUUCAGU